GAGAAGACAGUGAAGAAGAAGAUAGAUCCUUCAAAUCAAAAUGGCAGAAUUUUAAUUCAAAGGCCAUCCCUCCGGUAUCAUUAAUUUCUUUUUUGAAAUUCAUAUAUUUAAUACGUUUGUAUUACAAUUUGCUAUUAUUGUGAUACAAAAAAUCUGUAUUUUAUUAUCUUUGAAAUGGAAGUGGGAUCUCAAUUGGAGGCAACAAUCAGCAAAGAUCUUUAACUAAUUCUAACUUAAACUAAGAUUUAGUUGAAUUCGCUCCUCUGAAAUCUAAUGGAGGUGCCCUAGAUCUGAUAUGGAAAGGGGUUUUAGUGAAUCUAGAAAAGCAUUCAAGAUAAUCCCAUAAUCUCCUACGCUGAUGGAGUGCAAGGAAGCAGUUUCAAUCUCGUCUGGAAUUCUGCAGGAGAAGAUAAAAGAACGCGAAAGAAUUAGCUAUUGGGUAUUUCGUAGGUCGCAACCACUCAUUUUCGAUGGUGAAAGAGGCAAUCGCUAAAGUGUGGAAGACAAAACUGAGACCCUGGAGUCCCUUGAUUGAGAACUCAAUUGCAGAGAUGAAGUCCAUUCCGGUAUGGAUAUUGAUUUACAAUGUUCCUCUUCAUCUCUGGAACAACUUAGGUCUUAGCCCAAUUGCCAGCUUUGUGGGGAAACCAUUAAUUAUGGAUGAUUGCACCAUCAACAGAACGCGGCAAGGGUUCUUGUUGAAAUCAUCUUUGAUUGUCAGUACCCCAACCUUAUCCCUUUGUGGAUUGAUGGAAAAUUUGUGAUGAACGAAUAUCAGUGGAAACCACAAAAGUGUAUGGUGUGUCAUUCUUUUGGGCACUCCAACAACAAAUGCUAUUUGAAGAAAGCUAGUACUCGCAAAGCUCAUUGGAAUUCUAAGAAGAGGCCUAACUUGGUGGAAAGGGUUAAAACUCUUUCAAAAGAAGGGGAAACUGGGAGUAGGGAGAAUAGAGAGCAAGUCAAAGAAAAUUCAUUGUCAGUUACAGAAGAUAAGGAAGAGACAGUUCUGCAUCAGAGGGAAGACACAAUUGGGGUAGGUCCUCAGUCUAGAAUUGAGACUACUGAUGGAAAUGUGACGGGGGUGGUGGAACAAGACUCGACUUCACAAUCUGAGGAAGUAGUAGAGGUAAGGGAUAUGAUUGGUAAGGUUAUUUCAGUGACAGUCACUGAGAAUGUGGAUAGUGUCAAUGUGCUACCUGAUGACUCAAGUUUACAGAUUUUUAAUGGUAAUGGCACGGGUGUUGGAGUACCAGAAAUGCUAUCCCCCAAGUCAAACAAGGAAUGGUCUUGUUAUAAAAGAACCAACAACUCCGGAAGGAAAAAGAAUGGGCAUAACGCCUAUCUGAAUCCUUUUACCCUUUUGGAAUCAGAACCAGAAAGUGGGUUCGAUGACUCCAAUGAUGAGUUACCAAAUAAUAUGGAUCUAGAGUGGGAAUUGGUAUAGAUGGAACCAGAGUGGAUGAUAACUCGGAAAAACCAAUACAAGAAGAUGAACUUAACAAGGAUAAUCAAGUGAAUGUGGAGGAUUGUGAUCAUUCUAGUGAGGAAUCGGAAUAUGAAACAGAUGUGGAGGAGACGGGGGUGGAGAAAUUGAAGCUUGUAGAGGAUGUAUCUCAUUUUAAGCCAAUGAAUAGAGAACAACACUUCAAAAAGCUUAAGAAUUUUAGUAACCUUCUCGGUGUUUCUCAAGGAGGAAAAGAAAAUGCAGUGGAGAACAUUCUUGAAGAUAUCGUGGAUAGGCACAUAUCUACAAAAUCUGAAAAGGUAAUUGCCAAGCUUGCUUGGAAUGGAGUCACCAGCAAUGAGAAAUUGGGGCGUGGAAAAAGAACCCCUGUCAAGAAGAAGUACUAGGGUGUUCUUCUAGUGUGGUUGUGAAUGUUUUCUUGGCUGUCGAUGGCCUAGGCUUUGCUUAAUUUUUCUUUCCAUAGCUUUGAGCCUGGUUUUUUGUAACAUCUCUUGUUGCUCUUGUCGCUGCACUGUUUGGUGCAUUCCUUUUUUGUUUCUC